GCAGCCACUGCAAUAAGAGACAAAUAGUAGCCUUCUAGAGUUGUAUUAGGGAAUUUCCAAUCUAUCUCAUCUAGUUCAAGCUGUUAAGUGAAGUGUUUUCACCCAUUCGGUUAAUAUAUUCACGUAUUUGAAUAUUUUAUUAGGCUAAAAACAGGUUUUCGUGGCCCAGUAUUAUUUUAAGUGCUGUUUCUAAUGACAAGUUUCGUGUUUGCCUUCAAAUACGCGCUGUUAGUGUGACGUGAAACACGUAAAAACAAUACAAUAUUAGAGUAUUAUUUAAAUAUGUUUACAAACACAACACUUUUCACAGUAUUAAAAUGAUGAAGUGUUGGACUCCAGACGRCAAACAUUAUAAUAUGGGGRAAAAAUGUAAAUUUUUMAUUUCCAAAGGAAAUUAAGAAAAUAACUAAAUGGAUACGGUUACUGAGAUAAUAUCAGARACAAGUACUAAGAAUUGGUUUUGGUGUUUAUAGAAGUUAAGCCUCAAAAUGGCAGAUAAUGAGGAGUUGCAAAUCGAUGAACAGGAUGAAAACACUACAACUGUCAACUUUAAACCAUCCUUUGUAUUAAUAGCCAUAGAUACUCAUUCAUCAAUGUUCCACACAAAGAAAAAUGAUGAUGAUGAUGAUGAUGAAACUCAUGCAUUUAAAGAUGCUCUAAAAGCUUGUUAUGAAAUUGCCGACUCUUUAGUUUUAUCCACAAGUCGAAGCAAUUACAAUCAGUUUGGAAUUGUAUUGGCUGAUGAAGACCAAAAGGCAAGCUUCAUAGACGUGCAGAACAACCUGAUAGACUCCAUAAAAUUUUUAAAGGAUAAGUGUUCACAGUCGAAUGAACAAUUAAAAGCGAAUUACGAAAGAUAUGCUGACUUAGACUUGGCAGGUUUUUUUCUGCUUUGCAAGAAAAAAUUUAGGGAAAUUAGUUCAGCUUAUUAUAAACGAACUCUUAUUUACAUUACUAAUGAUGAUAAUCCAACCAAGGAAGAUAAGCAAAAAAAGUUUACAGCUUUAUCCCAAGCCAAAUCAUUUGAACCUAAUGAUAUAAAUUUCAAACUUGUCACUAUGAAUAAGAAUUUUGAAAUCAGCAAAUUCUAUAAUGAGUUAUUUUAUUUGUCAUCUAAAGGACCAAUAACUGAAGAACUUUGUUUAAACAAAAAUGCAUUAGUUGAAGCACUUUCUUCAAAAAUUAUUUUGGCUUAUACAAAGCAUAAGUUUAAUUUCUAUCCUUUCAAAGGGGAUAGAACUAGAUUUUUAAAAGUUAUGAGGGUUAAUUUUAUUCGAGAAGCAAAAUUAUCUAAUAUUCACAAAGCAUCUCAUGAUGGGAAACAAUUAGUGAAGGUUAAAGAGAAUGCAAGCGCCCAAGAACCCGUGCGUUUUAGAUUGCAGCUAAAUAAUGAAAAAAUUAUUGAACUGGAUUCAAAAGAUAAAUAUUCUAUAAUUGCCAAUAAUUUACCGCUCGGAUUCCAUCUUCAAUAUGUAUCAGAUAGGCAUAGUAACUUUGGAAUAGUUAUAGAUCAAGUGAGUCUGUUAUUACUUGAUCCAAAGGAAGAACUGGAUCAGCACUUUAAUCAAUUUUGGCUAUAUUGCAUUGAGAAGAAUAAGGUAUUGGUUUGCUUAAAAAAAUAUAGACAUCCUUCGGAAAUUAGAUAUGUAGAACUAAUACCUAAGUAUGCCAACAAACAAAGACUUUUCCUCAUUAAAGAUAUUCCAUUCUGUGAAGAGUACCACGUACCCAGAGCCGUGCAUAUCGAAAAAGCUUUGUCAAGUAACAUCAGGGAAACGCAAAAGCAAGCAAUUAGAGAUUUAAUAGAAAAAUUAAGUUUUGACUAUGAACCAACAAUAUUUAUAAACCCAAGUUAUGCAAAAAAGAAGGCUUAUGUAAAAGCGAAACUAUUAGAGCUGCCCGAAGAAAUCGUUGAAGACACUACAUCAAACGCUGACCAAAUAGAUGAACAAAUCACAGAAAUUGUAGUGGAUUUUCAAAACCUAUUUAAUGUUAGUUUCGCUGUCCAAGGUCAGAAGAGAAAAUUGCCUACAUCAAGAAUCACAAAACGGCAAAAGUAAAUACAAUAGUAUAAUGAAAACGUUAUCUACUUGUUUUACGUUACAUUGUCCUAAUAUUUAAAGUUUUUUUGAUUAAAUAUAUAUGCUUUAAUUUUGUUUUGUUGAUUGUCUUAAAAGUUCUUAUUCAGAAAUCAAAUUUCACUAAAUUGAUAAUGAUCCUAGUAGCGCCAAAUGAUAUGUAUAAUACGUAAAAAUGAUGCUGCAAGAUUUGAAAGAUGUGUAUAGUAUCUUUUUAUAUGUAUUUUUAACUCUUAAGCUCCUUUAGAUGUUACAAAGAUGUAGAGUUUAAUACUUUAUUCUUAAAGGUUUGAUAGUUAUGUACAAAAGUAUCUUCAGUUAUUCCAAUGUCUAUAUGGUUAUUUCCCAAGUCUUAUAGUUAUUUAAAUUUUAUUGUAGGUGCAAAAUUUUACAUAUUCUUCAUUCUUCGGAUAAGGCUGUACUUAGUAGUGAUUAAGCAGCCUAACCGCUUUUAAAAAGUGGUACGCGUAAAGUAGAAAAUGUCUGAAAAUAUGCAGUUGGUACAUUUGUGAGCUUUAUUUGGGUUAUUAAAAGCUCUUGUUUUAUUAUUA